GUGGCAAAUUUCAUUCCAGCGAGCCAUCAGCAUGGCGACAUUAGUAGCGGCGGAUUAUGUGGUGAUUGGUGUAUUGUUGGCCAUCAGUUCCGGCAUCGGUGUAUACUAUUGGCUCACCGGUGAUCGACAAAAUUCGACCGAGGAGUACUUCGUGGCGAACAAAUCGAUGCGAGUGACGCCGGUGGCGAUAGGUUUGAUGGUCUCGUAUUUAUCAGCGAUCAGUCUACUCGGAGUGAGCUCGGAGAAUUAUGUUUACGGCACGCAGUACGCCGUAAUCAACAUCUCCUAUGGCCUGGCCACACCGUUCGCAGCCUAUUUUUACUUGCCGGUGUUUUACAAGCUGCACGCCACGAGCGCCUUCGAGUAUCUGCAGAAGCGCUUCGGCACAAUCGCCAGACUAACGGCCAGCCUCGCCUUUCUGCUGCAACUGCUUCUCUACACCGGCGUAGUGCUGUACGCGCCCGCGUUAGCCCUGGAAGCCACCACGGGUAUGUCGACGAGCGCCAGCGUGAUCGGCAUAGGACUCGUGUGUACUUUCUACUCGACGAUCGGCGGAAUCAAGGCGGUCCUCAUCACCGACGUGUUGCAGAGUUUGUUGAUGUUGGCCGCCGUUAUCGCAGUGAUCGUCACCGCGGCAAUCGACACCGGCGGUCUCGAUCGGAUCUGGCAGAUCGCUCGUCAAGGAUCCCGACUAGAAUUUGACAACAUCUCUCCGGAUCCAACUGUACGGCACACCUGGUGGAGUCUGACACUCGGCGGUUUCUUCACUUACCUUUCCUUAUACGGCGUUAAUCAAGUUCAGAUUCAGCGAAUGCUGACCGUCAGAAAUCUGAAAGCCGCCCAGCACGCGCUAUGGUGGAGCUGGCCGAUGGCGUCGAUCAUGUCGCUCACCCUGUGCUUCUCCGGCCUGGCGAUAUACUCGAAAUAUCGUAGCUGCGAUCCGCUCGAGGCGGGCAGGAUCAGCUCGAACGAUCAAUUGAUGCCGUUGUACGUGAUGGACACGCUGUCGGGCUAUCCCGGUGUGCCUGGGCUCUUCGUAGCCGGAAUCUUCAGUGCCGGACUCAGCACCAUCUCGGCCACGGUUAAUUCCCUCGCCGCUGUUAUCCUCGAAGAUUAUAUCAAGCCUCUCUGGCGUGUAAGAAGAAAGGAGCUAUCCGCGAGGAUGUCCGUGAUACUGAGCAAAGUUCUGGCUCUUAUAGUCGGACUGACAUGCCUGAUGGUUGCUUUUCUGGCGCGAUUUCUCGGCGGGCUGUUGCAGGCGGCUCUGACGAUCUUCGGUGUCGUCGGCGGACCUCUGUUGGGUCUGUACACGCUCGGCAUGUUCGUCCCGUCGAGCAACCAGAAGGGCGCAGUCGUGGGCUUCGUUCUCAGCCUCGCGUUUUCCACGUGGAUCGGAUUCGGCCAGCCGAAACCGCCGAUUCCGCGGCUGAGCGUUUCGACCGACGGCUGCGGAUCCAACGACACCGUUAUCGCGUAUCACGACAGUGACAGCGGAUCGUUGAUUCAUGCGAGUUCGCCCUACGACGACCGGUCACAGGCGAACGAAUCCUACUUCUACCUUUAUCGCAUCUCCUACAUGUGGUACUGUCCAUUGGGAUUCCUCGUUGCCGUAGUCGCCGGAUGGGCGGCCAGCUGGGCCGCGAAAUGGAUUUUCAAGGAAGAUCCGGCCGAGAUCGAUCCUAUUUUGCUGAGUCCGAUCGUGGCGGGCCGAGUGCAGAAAAAACGGAUGAAAAUCGACGAAGAAGCUCGUCAUCGUAAGAACGCGUGCUGAACAUUCAUCACUCGCGCAUUUAUCCGCGGAGCACGUGGAGCAUCGAGGAGGGACACGACCACCGAGUGUCGCUGCAGCGUCCAGGAUGUUUAACGCGAGUCUUAAUGCGCGUGACGAGCGAAAUCGAGCGAGCUUGAUUGAUCGCGCGACCGGCGAUGGGACUGUUCGUUAUUCGGAAAUAAUUAUUCAUUUCGCCCGAGGAGAGACUUCGUUCGAGCGGCGCGCGUAUGGCCGAUUCCGCCUCGCGCGAAUCGAGCCUCUAAUUUCGGUCUUCCUAGAAUCGAGCCGAUUUUCAUACAACGUGAGUCGCGCGGCGGAAUGCCAGCGCGACGUACAGACGUAAACACCACGGACCACGGGCGCGCUGUACACGUUUACCGAAACGUUCGCAAAUCACGAUGGAAUGCCGUCGGACUGGUGUCCCCCGUCUAUGUGCGUGUGUGCGUGUGUGUGCCGCGUGCGUGCGCGCGCGCGCGCGCCAUACGGUGACAUACAGAGCGAGCGCAAGCAACGACCCGCGUCAUGCAGGUCUUAUAUAUACGUAAGGAAAUAACGCGCGCGCGUAUACCGUAGCCGAAAUAACCAUCUUCGAAAAUCCGCCUACGCGCGCGCGCGCGGCGAGCCGCUCUCCUCGGGAUUCUCCCUCGGAAUCUGUCCCGUUUCGUUCCGGUCGACGCGAGCUCCUUCACGUUUGACGUUUCGCCGUCAACGGUAAAAUGCCCGAGGAGAGGAGGCACAG